AUGGAUAAUCGACACAUUAUUCCCAGUGGAGAAACCAAGCACGCCUUCCUGAGUGCAGACCUAAUGGAGAGAUGUCUACAAGAAAUAGGCUACGGUGCCAACCCCAAGAACCCACGCAAAGUCGACUGCAGAGUCACAAGACGUUAUUCUACAGUAUUCCAACUCGCAUUCGAAGAGAGUCUGUGGAGUAUAGACAGUUUUCAAUCGGAGGAUUUCCUAAAUCAGAAAGCGAAUGUCCCGGAAGAGAAACUGCUCGAUUUAACAGAAAAAGGCGACGUAUUAGGAGUAAGAAACGUUUUGAAGAACCAACCAAAUCUCGACAUAAACUAUGAAGGUACCCGUCGUAGCUACAAAGUCACAGCAUUACAACUUGCUGCCGAGAACGAUCACCUUCACAUGAUCGAUUUGUUGCUAAGAAACGGAGCAACUCAAAUCGAUGAAACAAGAAUACUGAAUUUGGAUGAAAGAUGUGUGAGUAACAGUUUGCAACGCCUAAAGCAUUAUGCGGCUCUUUCCAGUCCUGCGUAUAUUUCCCUCACGAAAAAAGAUGUCAUAGCAACAGCUUUUGAUUUAAGAUUGAAGAUAGACAGAAUGCGAAUUCUGAGUGAUUUUGAAGGCACGUUCAAGUGCGAAUAUGAAGAAUUGAUAAUGAAACUCGCAACAUUCUCCAGUCAAAUUCUCUCGUUUUGCAAAGACUCUCCAGAAGUAGAUGUGCUAUUAGAAGGGCCACGGCAAAAAUGCACCAAUCAAAACAAUUGUUAUAAUUGUGGAUAUUACCCGAAACAACGUUGGAAGUUGCUACACAGUGCAGUAGAUACUUAUCAAAAAGAGUUCGUAUCUGAAUAUAAAUGCCAAGAGGCCAUAUCAAAUGAAUGGAUGAAAGGACAGCCGCAUUGGAGUCGGAAAUUUGGCUUUGGUUGGUCUGUUGUAAGAUUACUCAUGGAGAUACUUAUAUUCGGAUUUCUCCAACCUUUCCUUGCAAUGAUCGCCAUCGUGUGGCCAUAUAGCAGCAUUGCUGAAUACGUCUUUCUCCCAAGAACAUCUUUCAUGAUGGAAGUCUUCUCUUUUCUCCUUUUCCUUGUUAUCCACAUCCAAAACAGUAUGACUUUACUUCACUCAGGCACAAAAAUUAAUUGGGCCUUUCAAGUUAUUGACUUAGAGCAUUUAAUUACCACUACGUUGCCGAUGACAUACCACUUUCUGUGGGUGGUAGGUUCCUUUUUGAAAGAAUAUAAUGUAAUCAGAUAUCGUGGUCUGAAACUGUACGGUGUAUGGAGACUCACCUACCUAAUUUGGCUCUUUAUGCUCCUCGCAUUUUACAUCAUGGUCGGCGUGGACAUCAUUGUUGUGCGUGACUUGUCAACACCCAGUAUCCGCCCACUUGCGUGCUUUAGCAUUACCUUAGGUGUCAUGCAAGGAAUGCGCAUACUGGAGAACAACUGCUUUCUAGGGAAGAUGCUGCUCUCCUUCCAGAAGAUGGUUCCCGAUGUUAUACGUUUCUUCAGUGUAUUCUUUCUUAUGGCAACCUCUUUUGCCUUUGGCAUGUUUCUAUUAUAUGAUAACUUACCUGGUGGACAUGUGGCCUAUAAAGGAUUUAAAGAUAUGAUAGCGAAACUAUUCUGGGCACUAUUCGGAGUACACGACGUCGCGUAUCUGUCCAUCACUGACUCUUACUCUCCAAAUACGUCAUCAACCACGAAUGGUUCAUUGAACGGCCACUCCCCGCUCACGUACGAUGAACUUUUGCCUCUCGAGCAUUCAGGCAUAGUCAUGUACUCGACUUACUGUGUCACGGUUAUUCUAAUCUUUUUAAACUUACUCAUUGCCAUGAUGUCUGACACGUACUCGAGAGUUCAGGAGGGAAUCGACACUGAAUGGAAGUUUGUGCGCACGCGUCAUUGGAUGCAUUAUAUUGAUAGUGGAGUCAGAUGGAAUCUGUGUCCUCCCUAUAAUAUCGUCGCCUGGCCAUGGUUCGCUUUCCUUCAUCACUGGACAAGGUGUCGAUGUGGCAAACGGAUACAGAUUUCUGAACACCAGCUGUUGAAACUACUUCUUUGUCGAUACUUCCAGGCCCGCGACGAAAACGUAUCAUACCCGUCGACUAAGGAUGCGAGUACUUCGACUGAAAGAUUCAACAUGUCGUUCUAA